AUGGAUGCGUACGCGCGCGUCGCCGUCGACGCGACGCGAACGAGAGACGCGCGCGCGUUGACGUCGUGCGUCGAUGCGUUCGCGAGCGACUCGGCGUGCGCGCGUGCGGUGGAUUUUGUGGCGCGGGACGCGGACGCGGACGCGGCGCCUCGGGCGCUGCGCGCGCGCGGGGCGCGAACGCCCUGGGACGACGCGUGUGGGGGGUUCGUGCGCGCGAGAGCGUUGAUGGGGGAGGCGCGAACGAUGGCGGAGGCGUACGAGGCGCACGCUCUGGGGACGAAGGCGUUGGUGAAGGCGUUCAGGGGGGACGACGAGGGCGGGUGGAUGACGGAGGCGGUGACGAGAGCGGCGGACGACGCGCGGAGGGUGGCGGUGAUGGCAGACGAGGCGUUGCGAGCGCGAGGGGAGCGGCCGAGUAAGUUGGCCGAUUGCGGGUCGACGUUGAUGCUGGUGUACAGAGCGGUGUCGCAGACGUCGAAUCCGGAGAAGAAGACGCCGCAGUUGCGAGUGGUGAACGGGUUGUUCAAGGUGUACUUUCGCCUGAACGCGUUGCAUCUGUGCAAGAAUCUGAUCAACGCGGUGAAUUUACCGACCUUUUUACCGUUUGAAUCUUUUCCAAAGGCGGAGCGCGUGACGUAUAACUUCUAUGUCGGGAGACUCGCGGUGUUUGAGGACUCGUACGAACGCGCGGCGACGCACCUGGAGUACGCGUUCGCGCACUGUCACGCUAAGAGCGCGAAGAACGUGCGUUUGAUCUUACAGUACUUGAUUCCAGUGAAGAUGAUUCUAGGAACGCUGCCAUCGAAGGAGCUGUUGCAAAAGUACGACCUGCGUGAGUUUGCCGACGUCACCGAGGCGAUGCGUCGAGGCGACGCGCGCUUACUCAACUCGGCGCUUGGCUCAAACGAGUCAACCUUCAUCAAACAAGGGACGUACUUACUCCUCGAGAAGCUGCGCAUGUCGGUGUAUAGAACGUUGUUCAAGAAGAUCCACGCGAUUCAAGGCGAAAUGGAUCCCGCCAAGGCGAACCAAGUCGCGUUGGCCAAGUUCCAAACGGCGUUGCACUGGUGCGGCGCCGACGACGUCGACCUCGACGAGGUCGAGUGCAUCGUCGCCAAUCUCAUAUUUAGGAAAUUCAUCAAGGGAUACAUCUCGCACAAGAAUCGCGUCGUCGUUCUCUCCAAGAUGGAUCCGUUCCCGAGCCUGAAAUCCAUCUUUGCCGAGUAG